UUCGCGUUCGGAUCUUGGUCGUCUCACAUCGCCGUGUUCACUAAAUAGCGGGCGGUGACGUUUACAACGAGCAACCAUACAGCAUGUCUCCCAUCGCUGUUCCAUCGUCUGGCAGUCGCCCCGUGUCAGUUGAGAGCAUCGCCUCUUACCGAGCCUACGAUUAUGUGCAUUGGUAUGUCGGCAAUGCAAAGCAAGCCGCCGCUUUCUACGCGACACACUUUGGCUUUGAGCGGAUUGCGUACCGUGGACUAGAGACUGGAAGCCGUGCCACUGCUUCGCAUGUGGUACGCAAUGGCCAGGUCACUUUUGUCUUUACCUCUCCACUGCGCGGAUUGAAAGACCUCGACAAGUAUAGUGAGGAGGACCGCACGAUUUUGGAGGAGAUCCAUGACCAUCUGGAGAAGCACGGAGAUGCCGUGAGAGAUGUCGCUUUCGAAGUCGACGAUGUGCAAGCUUUGUAUGACGCUGCGAUAGCAGCCGGCGCCAAGUCGGUCUCGCCCCCCAAAACAUUGUCGGAUAAAUCUGGAGACGUUCAGGUUGCCACACUUCAGACGUAUGGAGAGACGGUCCACACUUUGGUUCAACGGAAAAGUUACCGCGGAGCGUUCCUGCCUGGAUUCAGAUCAGAGACAGGAACCCACCCUGCCAACGCUGUCCUGCCCCCCAUUCACCUCCAAGCCGUGGAUCAUUGUGUCGGCAACCAGGACUGGAAUGAGAUGGAAGCCAUCUGCGACUAUUACGAGAAAGCUCUAGGAUUCCACCGCUUCUGGUCAGUCGACGACAAAGACAUCUGUACGGACUUCUCAGCGCUCAAGUCUAUCGUCAUGGCCUCGCCGAACGAUGUGGUCAAGAUGCCUAUCAAUGAGCCCGCCAAAGGCAAGAAACAGUCCCAGAUUGAAGAGUAUAUCGACUUUUACGGUGGAGCGGGUGUUCAGCAUAUUGCUCUCAGAACGGACAACAUCAUCCGCGAAAUCACGAAUCUAAGGGCGCGAGGUGUUGAGUUCAUCAAAGUACCAGAGACGUAUUACGUGACGAUGCGCAAACGAUUAUCGGCCAGUGGACUGAAGUUGAAUGAAGAUUUCGACGUCUUGCAGAGUUUGGACAUCCUGAUUGACUUUGAUGAGGGGGGCUAUCUUCUGCAGUUGUUCACAAAGCAUCUCAUGGACCGUCCAACCGUCUUCAUCGAGAUCAUUCAACGGAACAACUUUUCCGGUUUUGGAGCCGGAAACUUUAAAUCCUUGUUCGAGGCCAUUGAGCGGGAGCAAGCUCUGAGGGGAAAUCUUGUAUAAAAAACUCUUGCAUGCUCCGGCCGAAUCAAAAUAUUGACGAGAUGUCUUGAAAGGCCAUCAGUUUCUCCUGGUGUACUCGUAGUCAUGCCAUACAUUGAAGAUAUCAUCAUGCCCCCGGCUAUGGCCAGCGCUCGUGACCAGUGGGACAUUAGAGCCUCCUCAUUAUUGUCUAAGAACCCGAUACGAGCCACGCUGGCGGCCGUCACAGGUACGCCGCCAGACAGUGAUCAGCCAGUCAUAAAUCUCGCAUUGGGUGACCCAACUUCUUCCAAUUUAUACCCUCCACCGCCGUCAACCAUCUCUGCAAUCACCAGAGUCGUUCAGACCUCUUCGUCGAACGGCUACCUACACGGAUCUGGUAGCCUUGAAGCUCGACAAGCUGUGUGCGAGUAUCACGCGAAGU